UAAAAAAAAUAAUACAGUUCAAAUGUUGGGAAAAAUGUAAGUUUGGACCCUUUUGGGAGCAAAUCCUGGUACAUUUAGUACUUUUUUAUCUGCAUUUCUAAAUGUAGAUGAAUCCAACCUUAAUUAUACCAAACACUUUUAUUGUAAGGUUGUGUUUACACAUGGUGCAAGUACAUCACAAAUCUAUAUAUAAAAAAAGAGCGAACACUGUUCUUUGUCAACAAGAGAAGUAACGCUUUGUCCCAGAUAAAGACAUGCACAUUUGUUGGGCUGAAACAGGAAUGUGGGAGACAGAAGGCGGGUCGUACCCUGUGUUUUAGCCCCAUCAUUAUCUGAGAUACACAGCAUAUCCAGGACAACGGGGAAUAAACACCGACCCUGUCUGUCAUCCUGGCGAUUACGUUGCUUGUUUAGCUGUGUUCGGGAAGAACUUCCCUCCAAACGGAGCUCGACUCAAACAACUGGGUCAACUGUGUGGAGCGAGGAGAAGCUCUCUGAAUAUCUGUACAGUUUAACUGCACACAUGUUGGCUGAGGUCAGCUGGCCGCUCUGUGUAAUUCUCAUUCCUCUGAGGUGGAUCAUCGCAGCCGCGGGGCUGACUCAUGCCCGGCUGAGUUAAAACCGCCGCAGCGCCCGGGAGCACAAAGAGUCUGCUGUGAGGCUCUGCUGAACACUUCUCACUCCAUAAAGCGCCAGCUGUGGACCGGACCUGUGGACGAGAACCUGAUGAUGGACGGACCAGGACUCCUGCUGCUGCUGCUGCUCAGUCUCAGAGCCGCACUGUGUGAGGUGGAGUGGACAGAGCUAAACGAAGCAGAGGCGUAUUUGAAGCAGUACGGCUACUUAAACGACCCAGCUGACCCACAGGACCCGUCUUACCUGGAGGAGGUCAUUGAAGCACUUAGAGUCUUCCAGGGGGUGAAUGAGCUGCCCCCUACUGGAGAGUUAGAUGAAGCCACGCUUGGAGUGAUGAGACAGCCCCGCUGCGGCUUGGAGGAUCCGUUCAACAAGAAGCUACACAAGUACAAAGUGAUGGGUCGUUGGAGGAGGAAGAGUCUCACCUACCGCAUCCACAACUACACACCUGACAUGGUGAGGUCGGAGGUCAGGAAGGCCAUCCGCUCUGCCUUUAAGUACUGGAGCGACGCGGCUGACCUGACGUUCACAGAGAUCGACUUCGGCAGAGCAGACAUCAAGAUCUCCUUUCAUAAGAAAGAUGGCUUCUGCUCAGUCCCGUUUGAUGGCCGGGGUCACGUACUGGCUCAUGCUGAGUCACCAGAAUCUGGUGUCGUCCAUUUUGAUGAGGACGAGUUCUGGACGGAGGCAUCGUACUACGGCACUAACCUGCGUAUCGUGGCUGCCCAUGAAAUCGGACACGCUCUGGGACUGGGCCACUCCCAGUUCAGGAGCGCUCUGAUGGCGCCAGUUUACGCUGGUUACCGCGUCAACUUCAGGCUCCAUUCAGACGACAUCAACGGCAUUCAGACACUUUACGGCAAACCCAUCAGCACCAUAACGCCCAGUACACCGACCCUGGGCAGCCCGGUGGAGAGCAGCUCCAUACCGAACCCCUGCACUGCGGACCUGGACGCCAUCAUGUUGGGACCAUGGGACAAAACCUUCGCCUUCAGUGGGGACUAUGUGUGGACUAUCUCUGACAUGGGCCACAACAGUCCGAUAAGGAUCAACAGACUGUGGUGGGAACUGCCGGGAAGCCUGAACGCUGCUGUCCACUCACAGAGAACCAACAAGACGUACUUUUUUAAGGGCAGUAAAGUGUGGAGGUACACGAGGUUCAUGCUUGACUAUGGCUACCCCAAACAGGUCAAACGCGUCCCUCCUAACAUCGACGCAGCCUUAUACCUGCAGAUUAACCAGAAGCUUGUGUUCAUAAAGGGAUCGGACCACUGGCAGUUUGAUGAGGUGAAACCCAAUUUUUCUUUCUACCCUAAGCCGCUGAGCAAGCUCAUUAGCGGGUUGCCGUCCUCUCCUGACGCAGCCUUCACCUGGAACAACGGGAAGAUCUUUUUCUUCAAGGGCGACAACUACUGGAGAGUGAACGAGCAGCUGAAAGUGGACAGCUGGUACCCGCUGAGCAAGGCGGAGCGAUGGAUGAAAUGCUAGCGGCCCACCACCAGGGGGCAGCAGCAACCAGAGGACGGGAUUCUGACUCCAAUCCGAGGGCAUUGACUAAUGAACAACCUCAACAUCAGUGAUUAAUUGUGAAUUGGUGAAAAAUAGUGAGAGACUGACUGACUUAACUUCACUGGAUUUUAUUACUGUUGAGCCCCUUCAGGCUGAUUUAUGGAGAGCAGAAAGUCUCCACAGGCUGAUGAAUUAUGUAAGCUUCAGUAUAAUCUUGGAGAGAAAUCGAGGCCAUCUGUUUUUCUUUUUUCUUCCACAUAUGUGUUGGAUUAUGUGUCGCAACACUUUUGUUAAGAUGUUACAUUAUGGCUUCUUUCUUGCAUGUUGUGCAUGUUCUGGAUCUGAUUUUUUUGUUUGUUUUUUUUUUUUAAAGAGAAAAUGUGAGAUUUUAUACAAUAAAAAGACAUUGUCAACAUUGCAAACGUUUUGCUCCGUCAGCAGAAGAAGCUGUUCACAAUUGCAUAAAAAUCAGAUAACGAUGCUGCGUUCAUAGUGAUGAAAGAACGGUCUGUGCUGCAUUGUGCUGUCUUCAGAAAAAAGAGAAGAAAAAAGAAUUUGGAGGCGCCAUGGCAACUCCAACCAAUCAAAGGGUAGGAAAUCCUCCCCAUGACCUCUUUAUUGUAGAUGGAGAAUCCAGUGAGUAAUGCUGCUGGAGUUGCUAAGAACCAGAGGAGACAAACAGUGCGGCACAUCCGAGCCAAAUUCUGAGUUAAAACCGUUUUUUAUUAAAAUCUGUGAAAACUAUUAACAAGUAUUUACACAUUCAGGCAACAAGUGUGCUGUUUUUGAAAAACAACAAAUGAAACAUUAAAUCUUUAAACACAACCUACAAUAAAAAAGGCAAUAACAAAAGCCUCAAACAUGCAGUUUUGUCCUUUUUUUCUUAAAAAACACUACCAGGUACUAGAUUAUCACAUAAAUUACGUUUAUAAACAUUAGCAUACAUCUUUUACUGACUGUGUUCUGACCAAAGCUAUGAAGUAAAAAAAAAAAAAAA